UGAUAAACGUGAAGGGCUCAUAACGUCAAACAUGGAAGGCGAGGUGUUCGACCAAAAUGGUAGGGUGAUUAAUCCUGAGAUUCCAGGGGGCACGAGAGAAGAGGCACUUCGUAUAGCCACGCUCGGUCCCAAUGCCCCAGGGAUGUUCCGAAUUUGGCAAGAAAAGGAAGAACCGAUAAUGCAAGUGGAAGAUGUAACUAACUUGGAAGAGAAAGUGAGUAGGAUGAGGAUUGGAGAAGAUAAGGAAGACGUGCCGAUCGUGGAAGGAGAAGCAGAGGAGGACGACGUUAGGACUAACGUCAGAGACGCAUUCGAUAGAAUGGAAGACUUGGUAGACAAAAUGCAAAGGCUACAUCUGAGACGUCAAGAGAUAUGUAGAGGAGCAGGAAGAGAAGAGGCUGGAUGCCCGAAAGUAUUUACUAUGGGACGCGGGGGAUCAGGAGAUGGGCCAAAUGAACCCAACCCGAGAAUGCAGAGAGCCAAUAUGGCCGCAAGGAACAGUGGAAGUCAGAGAAGUAUAAGAGGAACGAUUCCAUUCGCUACAAGAAGACCCGCAGGAGGGAAUCCUCAAAAGGAACAAGCUCAGGCUUCCCAGCCAGCGGAAGAAGAACCACCUAUCACGGUAGAAGGUGAUGAAGAAGAGGAUGAGAAGAUUAGGGAGGAAGAAGAAAGGGGUGGGCUCAAGCAGGGUUCCAAAAGGAGGUACAAGACGGUAGAUAAGAAGAGCCACCCUGUGCCAGUUCUAGUGAGUCAGGAAGAAGGGGUGUAUUAUAAUCAGGAAAGAAAACUGAUACAAAGAAUGAGGGAAGGUAUCCAGAAUGGGCCUUGUCGUAUCGACGAAGAGACUGAGAAAGAGCUGAUAAUAGGGGAACCUGGGUUUCUGACAAGGCAAGAGGAGGACUUGGUGAAAGAACUGAUACGUGAAAAACAUGGGGCAUAUGCCUUCAACGAUGACGAACGUGGGAGGCUGGAUGUGGACAAAAUCGAAAUGAUCCGCAUUCAUACGGUGCCUCACAAACCAUGGAAUGUCCGAGGAGCUAAGUACCCCAACCCCGAGGAUUGCAGAAGGGUGGUAGAAUACCUAGACGGAAAAAUUCGUACGGAUGUUGCGGGAUAUUCUAGUGGACCGUACGCAUCUCCAUGGUUCUGCUUUAUAAAGCCAAAUGGAGUUCUCAGAUGGGUGCAAGACCUCGAACGACUGAACGCGGUAAUUGUAAGGGAUGCAGGAGGUUUGCCCAACGCUGACCAGUUGUCAGAAGCUUGUGCAGGUAGGUCGAUUGUGUCCCUCAUCGACCUCUACUCCGGAUAUGAUCAGUUUCCAGUCUAUCCGGCAGACCGUCCCAUCACGGCGAUGCACACGCCAAGGGGAUUAGUUCAUAUGAAUGUUGCACCACAAGGAUGGACCAAUGCUGUGGCCAUGGUGCAACGGAGCAUGAUCAGGGUUAUGCAGCUUAUCAGCCCUCAGAUCACCGAGCCAUACAUAGAUGAUCUUGCAAUUAAGGGCCCGAUUGAGAAAGAUGAAUCAGAAGUGGCUCCAGGGGUGAGAAGGCGUGACCCCUGGAAAGAAGAGGCCAUGGCGCAGAGAGGAGCAGUGGCAGGGCCCUCUGGACCUGCCUUGAGAAAGGGGGGGCAGAGGAGGGAACAGAGAAUCUCAAGGAACUUGGAGGAGUUGCCCAUUUACAGGGCUGGAGCCAGUCUGCGAGUUUUUUUGCGAGACCUUGAGGGGUACGCUUUCAUGAGAGAAUGGGGUGACAGGGAAAAGAUUGCGAAUGUGAGAGGGGCAGGAAUGUACAAGAGGAGGAUUGAAGGAGUGGUGGCAGGUUGGACGAGAUGGAGGGUAUGCAAGGUGAGACUAUGGAGAGACAUGGGGGAAUUCCCAAGGAAUGAUAUGGAGGAUGACUUAAAGUUUAAUGGGACCAAUCUGGAGGACUUUAUUGAGAGCUUGCAGCUGGCCGCUGAGAGGGGCGAAUGGAGCGAGGAAGAAAAGAGGAAGCAAUUGAUAGCAGAUCAGACAAAGGCCGAUGGAGAUGAACAGGAAGAGGAGGAGGCAGCAGAGGAGAGGAAAAGAAGCAUGAAGGUCAGUAUGGUACCAAGGAAGAAGAAACUUGGAAAGAAAAGGGCAAUUAAGAAUGAAAGGAAAGAGGUACAAGAAAGGGUGAGUGAAAAGGAGGAAGGAGUAGAGGAAGCUGAAGAGCGAAAGGAAGUCCAGGGAGGAUGCAAGGCUCCCAAAAUCAAGAGAACUAAGGGAAAGAGGCCGAUUGGGGAAAAGGAAGAGACAAGCGAGAUAGGAAGGAAGGAAGAUGAAAAGGAUGGCCAGGUGGAGAAGCUGAUGAGAGAUAUGGAAGAAAUGAGGGAGGAAGUGAAGGAAUUGAAGAAAGAGAAGGAGGAAUUGCAAAAAGAAAUGAGUCAAUUGAGGGCCACCCUGAAUGUGCGGAGUAGAGAACUGGAAAAUGAAGUGGCCACAAGAGGUAAGAUGAAAAUAAGGGUGGAUGGUCUGGUUUCUGAGGUCAGUGUACUAGGGCAGGACUUAGACAAUGAAAUCUCUGAAAGAAAGAAGUUGGGACAAGAGUGGGAGAAAAGGUGGGAAGAGAUAUUGAGAGGAAUGGAGGAAUUCAGAUUGAGCCAACAAAGGGAAGAGAAGGAAGCCACAGAGAUGGUGGGAAGAAAAGGGGGUGAAGAGAAGGGGACACAGACUGAGGAGAAGAAAGAAGAGCCUCCUGCGCCUGAAAAGGGAGUAAGUGAGAGUGUGGCUAUGCCUCUGCCAGGACAGGGGAAAAGGCAAACGGAAUCCCAGUUGGACUCACCAAAGGUGGCUGAAGAUCAGGUUGAGACUUCAAUUCAGCCAGACAUAAAGAGAAUCAAGCCCAGCAUGAUUGGACAAAGGUGUUUCUUCUGCACUCAGGAAGGACACCUCAGAGAUGAGUGUUCCAUUCUAGCAAUUUAUAUAAAGGAAGGAAAGGCCAAAUAUGAUAGUCAUAAGAGAUUGGUGGCCGGCACAGGGCAGACCAUUCCCAAGAUACCUGAGGGAGGCAGGGUAACACUUCACAGGAUACUAAGACUGCGAGUUGAUUUCUAGGUAGGAAUAGGUAGGUGUUUUGAGUAAACUAUGACUUGAAUU